UACUGUUGCCACUCCCUGUUUCGAUACUUCCACUCCAAUAUCUGAAACGUAAAGGCACGCUCGAGUACAGAGAUCAAUCUCAAAUGAAUCUGGCUGCAGUAAAAGCGCACCCUGAUGAGUGAUGACUUUUACGGCUUACCCUUUCGCUCAGGCGUUUCCACAAAUUUGAGAGACGCGACCAAAAUAUACUGUAAAAGGGCAAGUUACAAUCUUGACUGGAGCAGCCACUGUAGAAAAACAGACGACUAUUUGAGUAUCUAUUUUGCUUUUCAUUUCUUGCCCGUUUCUAUGCAUGGAAGAGGAAGGGGAAGGCAAGAAAAGAAAGCUAGAGAUAGACUGGAAGGCCGUGUGGGACAACGGCGAAGAAGAGGAGCCGCAAGAGGUAGAGGUAAUCGGGAAGAGUAGGGCACCGACAACACCGUUGGAGAAAAUGAGCGGCGUCAGCAAUUUUCCGGUGGAUGAUCAGCAAGAUUACGAGCAGCUGCUUUCCGAUCAUGAGCUCGAGGUGCAGAUUCAGCGCCAAAACGCGCUGCUCGGUACUAUGGCCUCAAAGAUGCGCGACAAGGGUCAGAAAAUUCGUGCCAAAAUUAAGCGCCUUGAAGAGGAGAAGGAACGCAGGACGCUUCGUCGAGCACGAAUGGACGAUGACAAAUUGGAGAAGCCAACUCAAUCAACACAGUCAGGUAUUAUGGAUGUAGUUAUUGUUGAUAGCUAG